CAAUAUAACUUUUGAAAUUCAAGGUGGACAACAAUGAGUCAUAUUAUUUCCAAAAAAGACUCAUGUAUACCUUGAAAUUUUUAAGACAUGAUUAUUGUUGUAAUAUCAUUGGACAUUGUGCUCAUUAUGGCACAUUAAUUUACAAUAAAUUUUAAUAUUUGUCACAAUCAAUUUUCUAUUAAUUUAUUAUAUAUAUACAAAGUUUGACCUCCUUUUCUUCAAUAUCCAUUGCAUUUAAGUACCAGCUGUUUCUGAAUGCAGAUCAUGCUACAACAAAACAUUUAAAUCAAAUAUUAAUCAUGCCAGAUAGGAAUCAAAAAAUGGAAAAUGAUGAAAAACAAAAAUGCAAUAUAAAUGAAGCUAGUACAUCUGUACCUGUAGAUUACCAAUCUGAUUCCCAUAUUGAAUCGGAAGAAGAAAAUGUAAAAGGGCAAAAAACAACAAAUUUCAUGGCAAGCGGAUUAAUAGGAGCUUCACCCCCGAAAUUUGUUUCUCUUGAAGAAAUUAUAAAAGCUGCAAAUGGUAUGAAAAAUAUGGCAUUAGCACAUGAAAUUGCAGUGGAUAAAAAUUUUCAAUUACAAAAACUUGAACCUGAUGAUGGUACAUUCCAUAGAAGAGUAAAAGAAAUUAUGCAUAAGGCUUUCUGGAAUUUAUUAGCAGAGCAAUUAGAAGAAGAUCCUCCAAAUUACACUCAGGCAUUGGUUUUAUUAAAAGAAAUUAAAGAAACAUUAGAUGAAUUAGUAUUACCACAUCAUGCAAAAAUUAGAGAAAAUUUGAGAGAAAUACUUGAUGUAGAUUUAAUUAGACAACAAGCAGAAAAUGGUGUUUUGGAUUUCCAUCAUUAUGCACAAUAUGUAAUAUCAAUUAUGAGUAAAGUUUGUGCACCUGUAAGAGAUGAAAAGAUUCGAGAACUUAAUCAAAAAACAGAUGUCAUUGAAAUAUUUAAAGGCAUAAUGGAAAUAUUACAAUUAAUGAGACUUGAUUUGGCAAAUUUUACUAUUACUAUGAUGAGACCAAAUAUAGUUGCUUCAAGUAUUGAAUAUGAAAAAGCCAAGUUUGCUGAAUUCUUAAAAGUUAAUACAAAUGGUCUACAAUUCACAGAAAAAUGGUUAUUAAGGCACUAUGACCCAACUAAAAUUACAAGCAAUUCAUCUGAUAUUAAUGCUGUGCGCCAGCUUACACAUUGUCUUUUAACUGAAGCAUAUCUUGAUCUUUUAGAAUGGGAUUUUAAUCCAGAUGCAGAAACAUUAAUGCUUGAUCAAGGUAGAUUACUUGAAUUGCGUGAUAAAACCAGCAGAUUAAGUAUUAUAGGAUCUAUAAUAUUGUUAGUAAAUAAUACAGUUGGUGCGCCAAUUCAUGGAGUAUCAAGUUUUAAGAAAAAUAUUAAACAACAUCUUAAUGUAUUAUUAGAUUCUGUACAUUCAAAUAAGGACUUGGAAACUGUAAUGCCAAAUAUUGUAUUGCAAGUGAAAACAGACUUAGGAACAACAUUACGAGAAAUUGGUUCUACUCUCUUAUCUGUAGAAAUGGAAUCAUUAUUGGAAGGACAAAUAUUGGAUCUUAUUAAUCCUGGACAUAAAAUUAGACAUCUUAUAAAUCUGAGAAUUCGUCAAUUUUUACAAAAAAUAAUAUUAUCUCAAUCUGCGGCACCGCAACAAGUUCCACCUGGACUUUCAUCACUUCAAGAAGAAUUAACAGCCAUAGUAGCUCAAUUCUUAAUACUUAUUUCUCAUAAUCGAAGUGUAUUUGGAGAAUAUUAUCAAGAAAUUAUAACCAAUGCACUUAUUAAAAAAGAAACUGAAAAUAAUAAAGAUACAAGUGCAAUUCAUACUAUGGACUUAUAAAACAAUUAAGAUUUUAAAUCAAUUUUUGUAAGGGAAACAUUAUAUUAUGUGUUCAUAAAAUAGCACAUUAAUUAAAAAAAAUAAGUAAUAUAUA